GCCCAAAUCCCACGAAAACCCUAAGACCCUCCAUCUAAAACGAUGUAAAGCAUCGUGGCCGUAAAAGCGUCUGUUUUUGCUUCUCUGGCAGUAAAGCCCUCUCAAUUGCUUAGGGUUUAUAGCUCUGCGAAAUGAAACCCUAGUUCCUAAUAGUAAUUGGAACCCGUCAAUGGAGGGGUUGAAGGUAUCAGAUGCCAAUUUGGUUGCUUACGUGAACCCAUCGAAGAGUACCAAGGUUCCCCAAGCUGUCCUACGCGAGCUCAGCUCUCUGCUUUUCAAGUUCAAUGAAACUUUUGAUGGUGUGGUAUUAGCAUAUGACGUCCAAAUUCAAGAUAAAGUUGCAAAGAUUCUUCCUGGACUUCACCCUUAUUUUUGUGUGAGACUAGAAGCAAAGUUGUUACUUUUUUCUCCGAAGCCUAACAUGCUUUUAGAAGGGAAGGUUGUGAAGCUUACUCAAACAUCCAUUCAUGUCAUUGUUCUUGGUUUUUCAUCUGCUGUCAUGACAGAUGAAGACAUUCGGGAAGAAUUUAUAUAUAAAACCAAACACGGUGAGGAACAAUAUGCUAGCAGAUUUCACAAGCGACAUGUGAUAAAGGUUGGAACCACGAUACGCUUUUCAGUCAAGAGUUUUGAUGAGGAAAUACUGCACAUUUCUGGGUCUAUGGUUCCAACAAACACGGGAAGCAUUGGCUGGUUGGCUAAACAUAUGGAAGAUGUUUCACGUAUUGACAGGAGGAGUACAAAGAGGGGAAGAGAAAGUGAGGGAGAAUCGGUAAUUGUAGAGCACAGUGAAGCAUAUUCCUUGCACAGUGACCAAAUCAGGACGUCAAAGAAACGCAAAAUUAAAGAUGAGUCUUAAAGAAUGCGUAAGGUGUUCUCUUGUUCUGAUGUAAUUGUGGGAAUCGAUUUUUAUUUUCAUGUAAUAUUUCAACAUCUUUGUGGCAUCGAUAAUUUAUUUAUUUAUUGCAUUGAAUUUUGUUUUUUUUU